UUGCUUUCACCAAAACCGUAAUACUGUUUUGUCUAACGCCUUGUUGAAUUUUUCAAAGGAAACCGAAAUAACAAUUGAACAGAAGUUUUUAAUAAGUGGUCAUACGCAAAUGGAAUGUGAUGCAACGCAUUCCCUUAUAGAGAGAAAAAUAAAUAAAAAACAAAUAAACUUGCCGUCUCAAUUUGUUCAACUCAUUAAGGAAGCUAGAAAAGUUCCAGCACCUCUACAAGCGCACCAUUUGCGUUAUGAUUAUUUUUUAAAUUUCGAAAAUAUUUCAAAGAUAUACACAUCAAUACGACCAGGUGAAUAUUGCGCACUGAAACAACUCUUUAGAUAUACAUACUUUUCUGAAAUUACUGGCAGGGGCAUUGGAGAUCAUACAGUAAGCAUGCUUCGAGCCUUGGCGUAUGACUCGUCAGGAUCAAUUUAUUUUAAAACAAAUGUAACAGAUGAUUAUCAGUUACUCCCACAGAGAUCGAAGUUUUCGAUUAAAAAUGUGUCCCCCGAUUGCCUUUAUAAGGAGAAAAUAUCCAUAUCUAAAAAAAGUGGGACCAUUUGCAAGAUCUAA